UAACACCAGUGUAAUCAUUUGUCCGUGAACACAUUUUCAAAGACCGUCAAAAUCAAAUCUUCUCCUUUACUCAACUCUGUCAACAAAGCAACAGAAAAGGAAAGUAGAAAAGGACUUCUUGUCUCCUCUUUCUUUUCCUACUCACUUCCUCUCUUUUGUUUCUGUGAUGCAACUGCUUCAUGUCGACAAUAUUCUCUAUUGCCUUCUCCUCAGUCCCUUCAAUUCAGUGAUUCAGUUCCAGACUUAAGUAGUUUUUGGCAAAUUCUUUGGUAUUUAAGGCACUUAUCUCUAGCAUUUUUCUCUUCUUUAAUGGAGCUGCAUUGGUGUUCCUAUUCGUGGACGUUUCUUCUGUCUUCUGUCUUCAUCACAGUUGCUUUCUGCUAUCCUGAAGGAUUCUUGAGCUUGUCUUGUGGUGGAAAUACUACCUAUGUUGAUUCCUCCAACAUUACAUGGACACCAGAUGGUGCCUAUAUCUCAGUUGGUAACAUGACUACUGUUAAUUUUCUUGAGGGUUUCUCCUCCUCUACUCUCCCAGUUAGGUUCUUUCCUGAUUCUUCAAUUAGAAACUGUUAUAAGAUUCCACUGAAGAAUGUGUCAUCCCUGGUCCUUGUUAGGACCCAGUUUGUGUAUAAGGAUUAUGACGGACAUAAUAAGUCACCUGCAUUCUCUGUUUCUCUUGGGAGGGCUAUUACAACCACUGUCAAUCUUACUAAUACCGAUCCAUGGAUUGAAGAGUUCAUAUGGCCAGUUGAUAAAGACAUUCUAUCUUUAUGUUUUCACUCUCUUCAAGAUGGUGGAUUUCCAGUCAUUUCAUCCCUUGAACUUAGGCCACUUCCUCAAGAAGCUUACAGCAAUGCCUUGGGAGAUUUUCCUAAUAAGUUACUGAGGAAAUGUUAUCGUAUUAAUUGUGGUUAUAAUUGGUCCUUAAGGUACCCGAUUGAUCAGUAUGAUAGAAUUUGGGAUGCUGAUGAGGACUUCAGCCCAUUUCAUGUGUCUUCUGGUUUUGAUAUUCAAGCCAAUUUCAAUAUGUCAGUUCUGAAAGAGAGCCCUCCUGCGGCUGUUCUUCAAACAGGAAGAGUUUUGGCACGGUGGAAUGAUAUGACAUAUAACUUUCCCAUUGAUCACCAAGGAGAUUACCACAUUGUUCUCUACUUUGCUGGGAUUCUGCCUGUCUCCCCUUCAUUCGAUGUAAUGAUAAAUGGGGAUAUUGUUCGAUCAAACUACACAGUGAAUCGAUGGGAAGUCAGCAGUCUGUUCUUUACAAUGAAAGGAAUUGAGAUCUUGAACAUCACAUUGAAGACUGUCCACUACUAUCCAUAUAUCAAUGCUCUUGAGGUUUAUGAGAUCCUAGACAUUCCCUUAGAAACUUCUUCAACAACAGUUUCAGCCCUCCAGGUUAUUCGGCAGUCAACUGGUCUAUAUCUUGAUUGGGAAGAUGAUCCAUGCUCUCCUAAAUCAUGGGAACACAUAGAAUGUGAAGGAAAUCUGGUAACUUCAUUGGAGCUUUUUGAUGUUAACUUGAGGUCAAUCAGCCCAACAUUUGGUGACCUACUGGAUCUCAAAUCAUUGGACUUGCAUAAUACUUCACUUGCUGGAGAGAUACAAAACAUCGGCAGCCUGCAACAUCUUAAGAUGCUGAACUUGAGCUUUAAUCAGCUUACAGCUUUUGGUUCAGAGUUAGAAGACUUGAUAAACCUUCAAGUUUUGUUAGUCUCACUGCUUGCAUUCAGACAGGACUUGCAUAACAAUAGUUUUCAGGGAACAGUACCUGAUAGCAUUGGAGAACUUAAGGACCUCCACUUACUGAAUCUAGAAAACAAUAAGCUGCAAGGCCCCCUACCACAAUCUUUGAACAGAGGAAGUUUACAAGUCCUAUCAUCAGGAAAUUUAAAUCCUACAAUUGAGACACCACAAGUCACUGUCUUUGCACCCACAAAACGCAAGCGCCAUAAUCGAUUAGCAGUUAUACUUGCAGUUGGAGGAGCUGUAUUUGCUCUAUUUGGUGUCUUUAUAUCUGUAUUCUUGUACAUAAGGCGAAGAAAAACUGGAGAUACAUAUGCAUCAAGAACUGCAGCAGAAAUGAAAAAUUGGAAUGCUGCAAAAGUAUUUUCAUACAAAGAAAUCAAAGCUGCUACAAACAGCUUUAAAGAGGUCAUUGGCCGAGGUAGUUUUGGAUCUGUUUAUCUUGGGAGGCUUCCUGAUGGUAGACAAGUUGCUGUUAAAGUUCGAUUUGAUAAAACUCAACUUGGUGCUGAUUCUUUUAUGAAUGAGUUAGAAGGAUUCUGCCAUGAGUCAAAGCAGCAAAUUCUAGUUUAUGAGUAUUUACCUGGAGGAUCACUAACUGAUAACCUCUAUGGAGCAAUGAGGAAGAAAUUGACACUAAGCUGGGUGUGCAGACUGAAAAUUGCAGUUGAUGCUGCAAAAGGUUUGGAUUACUUGCACAAUGGAAGUGAGCCAAAGAUCAUACACCGUGAUGUGAAGAGCAGCAACAUACUUCUAGAUGCUGACAUGAAUGCUAAGGUAUCUGAUUUUGGCCUUUCUAAGCGAGUAACUCAAUCAGAUGCAACUCAUGUUAGCACUGUUGUCAAAGGCACUGCUGGCUAUCUUGACCCCGAAUACUAUUCCACUCAACAGCUCACAGAAAAGAGUGACAUAUACAGUUUCGGAGUCGUUCUGAUUGAACUUAUUUGUGGCCGAGGUUCACGUAGCCACUCGGGGUCUCCAGAUUCCUUCAAUUUAAUCCUAAAGAUUAAGGGGUUUGACUCAUGUGUAGGAGUUGCCCUUAAAGUUUUUCAUUUUACACUUUAACCUAUCUCAUAAAACCCAAGUUGCCCAAGUUCUUCUUCUUCUUCUUCUUUCCUUUUUUUCCUUUUCUUCUUGUUGUUCUUCUCUCGCUAUUGUUGUUGUUGCUAGUGCUUCAUUGUAAUGACCCUUCAUGUCAUUUUUCAUAUUUUUGCUUUUCGCCAUCAGAGCCUUUA